GUCCGGCGCGGCCGCCGCGAUGAACAGCGUGGGCGAGGCGUGCACCGAGCUGAAGCGCGAGUACGACCAGUGCUUCAACCGCUGGUUCGCCGAGAAGUUCCUCAAGGGCGACAGCGCCGGCGACCCCUGCGGGCAGCUCUUCAAGCGCUACCAGCUCUGCGUGCAGAAAGCAAUAAAAGAAAAGGACAUACCCAUUGAGGGCCUGGAGUUCAUGGGCCCAAGUAAAGGAAAAACCGAGAACUCCUCCUGAUGUUGGCAGUAUGGGUGGAGUUACUGACAGCAGCCUUUGGACUAAGCACCAUCACCAGGUGUGCCACAGGUGCCACCUGGAGAAGACCUUUGUUAACUGCUUUCUAGGAAGUGAAAAAUGUUCUCUGCUUGUGAAAACAAACAGCUAAAAGAAAAAAAACCCAAAACUGGAUAAUGUGGUAACUGCUGCCUCCUCGCCAGUGAAACUUGGUGGUGGUUCAGCAUCUGAUGGCUUAAAAAUCCAUGUGAGCUUCCUACUGAAUGUACUCUGCAGUGGGGAAUGCUGGUUGGAGUGGGCUGGGAUGGGCUCUUUGUGACUAAUUUCUCUCGCUUAUUUAUAUAACACUUGAAAGUGUUUAAAAAGAAUAUGAAGGGGGUUGAUGUACUUGCUAUCAUCUCUAUGCUGCUGAAUUUUGGUGAUGAAAUUAGUUUCAUGUAAUGCUGAAGGGCUUAAGCACUGUUUUGUGUCAGCUGCAGAGACGGUUUAAGAGCACUAGUGGACCUGCAACAGCUUGGCUAAAAUAAAUACAACCAGGUUAUAUUUUGUUCAAGUAGGUAACUGUGCAGUAGAGUCUGAUUGUGCCCCCUAGGAGGCAUGGAAGUGCCUGCUCAGCAGCUGAAGAGAAGACUUUUAAUGCAGAGGCUAUUUCAGCCUUUUCUGAGGUACUGACACAUCCAUGAACUUGGAAUUGUCUCUCUCCUUUUAGCAUUACAUAUUUCUGUGGUUUGAUCCUCACACAGGGAUGGGGCAAAGCUUGCCCCUCUCCUUACACCAGCACAGGGGAAAAAGAUAUUAUGGACUGGGGACAAAAGAUAACUUCAUAAUUCUGGAAUUACAGUGAGAAAAAAAAAGAAAGCUUCCCUCUCAGCUUUUAAUUACUACUAAUUAUUUAAAGAUUAUACUUUAAAAAAAAAUACAAACUAAAAAGGUGUAGUUCUCAAAUACUACGGCUGGCCUGUCUGCACCACAGCCCCUCACAGAGCCCAGACCCUGAGUCCUUGUGCAGAGGAUCAGGAACUGUUGCAGCCUGAGGCUGUUGUGCCUGUGCCAGUCACAGAGCCAGGUGAGCCACACUCCUGUUCUCAGGUGCAGAGAGUUCCUACAGCACUGAAAAAACAGGCUGUUGGCAAAGUGCAGCAGGUCUAAGGGAAGGAUCUAUAAAUAGCAUUUUGGAGACAGUUGACUCUGUAGCUUUUCUUUUUUAAGGAAUAACAUACAAAACCAGUUUGCUUUUCUAUGAUCUUAGUGUAGGGCUAAAUGUAAUGUGACUUUGUCAGCUUUAAAACUGUGCCCAUCAGUGCCUUGUACUUUCAACACAGGAAAACCUGUCUGAGCAAUCUUCUACUGGUAAGCAGACAAAAAAAAUCCCAUGGAAACAUGGGGAAGGGCAUCCUGCAGUGGCACUUUGAGAUUCUCUCUUGCCAUCCAUCACUCCUUUCCACAGCAAGAUGCCAAAGCAGCUGCUGUGUUCUACCUUUUGGAGGAACCACAUUCAUGACAGCUGAGAUAGAGCUCACAUUGUGCAAAAACCACGGAAGUUAUAGUAAGAAGUGGAAAAGGGUUUACUUGUAGUGAGCUAAACCUUGAAAAUGAAAAGUUGUACUGGCACAGGCUCAGGCUAGUGGCUCACUAUUUCCUUCUGCUUCAGGCAGAUUCUGCACAACACAGUACAUGCUAUACAGACAUAAGCAGUAGAACCAAAAUUGUGUUUUCUUCUGCAAAACCUGUGUGAGACUUUGUACAGACUGCAGCUUUAUGGAAAGCACAGUGGUGAGCAAGAUAUGUGCUGAUGUACCUGAAAAUUUGAGAACAGUGUGAAGGCAGAGCUUAGCUCAACAUCUUUGCUGUUCUCCCUGUGCCAGAAGGGACCAGAGAAAAAUCACCUUCAUGACUGUUAAUAAAUAUUGCAAGAGCUGAUAAUGGAGAA